CAAUGGUCAGUCGUUUUGGCGCCGUCGUCGAAAGCGGUCGACGCUCGGAGCGCCGCUCAUUAAUCGUCGUGUCUCAUAGGAAAAUAAAUAAAAAUAUAGUGUAAAGUUCUGUGUUCAGUGAAUAGUGACAGUGUGUUUUAGUGAUAUGUGUUCGUCUUUAAAAAUCUGCACAAGACGUCCCCUGUAAUCAAGAUAAUCAUCGGCCGACAUCUGAUUACAAUGCACUUGCGCUAAUGAGUGCCCAUUCGACCGUCACGCGACUGCCAUGACCAACAUGUAAUCAAUGCCACCAUGAACCACAUACCCAAGAAAAUGUUCGCCAAAACACAUCGGUUUUGGGACAGACGAAAGUACAAAGUCGGACGAUGACACAACCCGGCGACACCAUCAAAUAAAAAUAACGUUUUUUUGUUAAAAACAAGCUUUUAGUGUUAAAUCGCUUUUUUGUGUGUACGCGACAUACCGUAAUCUUCAUUUGCUACUUAAUUUAAUUUGUCAAUCAGUGUCCUUUCCGUAGUUUCAAGCAAUACUAGAUAAGGCCUUCGAGUUUAAUUGUAAAUAUUGUGUUCGUGCUCUAUUCUCAACGUUCGGGCAAAACGGGUAUUUAGUAAUUUGUAUAAAAAGAGAAAAUAAUAGUCAACACUUCCGUUCCUAUAGGCAAUACGUUUUUUUAAAAGUAAAUCAAUUAUACAGUUAUUUCUACGGGGCCAAACUUUCAAUCUGUCUAAACAAUAAAGUUAGUUAGAUGAAUUUUACAAAUCCGGAUUGGAGAGUGACCACGAUGGUGCCGAACACGACUUUGAUGGCCAGGACUACUAUGUCAACACAUUUUAACACAACAGUCGGUCCGAAUUCCACAUUCUUGGUUCCGACGUACAUGAGCCAAGAGGAGUUCUUUGCUCUGCAAAUGACGAAUGGUUCCGACGCGAACACGACUCUGUCGAACGACACGACGGUAAACCUAGUUCUAAAGACUUGGUACCCGAGCGGGUACUCGCCGGCGCAUAUAAUAAUAGCCUCAGUGGUUGUGACAGUGUUAAUGAUAAUGGUAGUAGUGGGCAAUAUGCUGGUGAUAAUCGCUAUAGUGACGGAGAAAGCCUUGAAGAACAUACAAAAUUGGUUCAUAGCUUCUUUGGCGGUGUCAGACUUCUUCUUGGGGCUGGUGAUAAUGCCGUUCUCGUUGGCGAAUGAGCUGAUGGGGUACUGGAUCUUUGGGUUCUGGUGGUGUGAGAUACAUUCGGCGAUGGAUGUGCUGUUGUGUACGGCAUCUAUCAUGAACCUGUGCCUCAUAUCGCUGGACCGCUACUGGAGUAUAACUCAGGCGGUGGACUACCUAAAGAAGCGCACGCCGGCGCGCGCAGCACUAAUGAUAGCGGCCGUCUGGCUGAUGUCUGCGCUCGUGUGCAUACCGCCGCUACUGGGCUGGCGGGUCAGCAGGCCGCCCGAGCAGUUCCCGCAGUGCAAGGUGUCAGACGACAUCGGCUACGUGGUCUACUCGGCGCUCGGUAGCUUCUACAUACCGUCCUGCAUCAUGGUCUUCGUGUAUAUCAGAAUUUACUUCGCAGCUAAGGCCCGGGCGAGAAGAGGGAUUAGGAAAAAUCCGAGGCCUAGGCCUAAUGAGCAGCAGACGAGUUUCAGCAACCCCCCGAAGGGCACGCGGCCCAUGCCUUCCACACAUCCCAUGCCCCCGGGACAUCUUAGUAAUAAUAAUGGCGAAAGCACAAUAUCAACAAUAGAAACUCCUCAAGUGCAGAUCCCGACGGUGACGUGCGAGCUCGCGUCGGACAUAUCGACGAGCGAAGCGGGGGACACCAUACCGCCGCCGCCCGACGAACGGAAAGACACGCUUAAGGUCGUAACAUCAGCACAAGUACAAAAAAAUCCUCUAGCGUCCUGUCCAUUGAGGAGUUCGACUCUCUCAGUUAACGGCGAGCUUCAACUCCAGCAGACCAGGGGCAGAGCACCCAGCGUCGCCAUCGACGCCGACAUGGUCUCCGAGAUGGAACCAUCUUCCUCCGACUCCGGCGUCGUCAGCCGCUGUGGCGGAGUCAAACCCCUCAAACUCCGAAUCUUCAAAAAAACCGACAGAAGACAGGAGAAAUCCCAACCAAGCAAAUCAGAAUUAGAACCAGCUUUACCAAAACCUCACAAACCUAGAGACCCUGAGAGAGAAAAGAAGAGAUUAGCGAGGAAAAAAGAGAAAAGAGCUACUUUAAUUCUAGGGUUAAUUAUGGGCAGCUUUAUCGCUUGCUGGCUGCCAUUUUUCUUCUUGUAUAUAUUAAAAGCUGCUUGCAGGAACUGUGUGAUUCCGUCGAGCGCGUUUGCGAUAGCAUUUUGGCUUGGGUAUAUGAACUCUGUGCUUAAUCCGGUAAUCUACACGAUUUUCAACAAAGAUUUCAGAAGAGCGUUUCGGAGGAUACUGUUUAAGUGAUGUUUAGCAUACGUGUGCUGUUACCGCUGUGUGGCCAACAGGAUCCUGAUGGCCCAACAGAGGGCAGCACCGAAUCUUUACAAUGUACGUUGAAUGGACUCCAUAGUUAUACGAGGUUAUACGGUUGGACGGUAACAGUGGUUCCGAGUUUGAAUUUUUCGAGUUCUGGCUGGUUUUAUUUUUUUAAACGGUUUGACAGGUGACAGAAUUUUAAUUUGACAUGUAUUCUUUUUUAUUUAUAAAUAUUAUAAAACUUUUUAGUGAAUACUGUUUUGUAAUAGAAAAUUUACCUAACUUUUUUAGUUUAGUAAAAAUAAUAACACCAGUCAGAAUAGAAUUUCAGCGGUCAAUACAACAGUGGUGAAAUAAAAUUUACGCUUACAUAUAAAUAAAUAACAUAGAUAUUUAUCUCAUCAUAACGUCUUAGGUCAGCUUGUUCAUAUUUUUAAGCUUUUUAUAUAGAAAUUGUCAUUCUCAUGUGAAACUAUUAAAUAAGUGCCCAUUUGAACUAUUUAAAAGUAAAUACAAAAUCUGAUCAGAUAAAUAGGACUGUAUAAAGUAAAAUAAACUAUAACUGUUUAAUAAUUAAUUAAUUUUAAUGGAAUAAUUAUUUUUUAACGUUCAUAAACUAAGUAGUGCCAAUCUUCAGAAAAAAACUGUAAAAUAAAAUAGAAAUAUUAGAAAAAAAUCAUGAAUUGAAUUGAUUGUACAUUUUAUUUGCAAAAUAUAAAAAAAGGAAUUGUAAAUUAUAAAGUACAUUACCAAAUAAUUCAUUUCGUAGGAUUUUUUGAUAUUCGUAGCAAAUCAUAGAUUAAUGAAUAUAAAAUAUGAAGAAACUGCAAAAACACUAAUGGAUUUGAAAAAUUAUACAUACUUAUGAUAUAAUGAUUCCUUUAAUAGUACAUAAUAAAGGAAUUACAUAGCUUUAAUGUCAUCAGAUUUUGUAAGACAUUAAUUAGCAUUAGCUGUGGUAAUGCCCUUAUGCACUGUGGUAUAAUAUACCUAUUUAAAGUGAUAUGCGUAUGAUACAUAGUUUUUUCUUUUUCAUACAUUAACAAAAAAAUAUGUUUGAUUUUUUUUACAAGUUAUGUAGAUUACAGUUUUUGUAUACAGGUGUUAAAAACUUAUUUGUAUUUUUGACACCAUUACAAUAAGAUCGGCAUUUUUAAUUAGAAAAUUUUGAAAAAAAUCGCAGUCAUUUAUUGUUGAUAUUACAAAUUCAUCACAAUCAAGUCAUUUUAGACAAAAUCAACAAUCCUUUUCCUAAACUUCUGUUCCUAAUAUGUGACUGGUAGAAAUACAAUUACCUACACUAAGAGGUUUUUCACAAGACUAUAUAACUAAAAAAAAAAACUGGUUUUAUUAUUCUAUGUUAUACCACAGUGGAUAAUGAGGUCUUAGAAACUCUAAACUUGCUAGAAAAUCACUAAAAUAGCUUUUAAUUAUAUAUUUAAAAUACAUUUAUAUAUAUUUUCUUUAACAAUCCCUCGAAGACUUACCCAUACGCUUAUAUACGUACAAAAUAGUGAAAUAUACGUAGUUUUCAUGUUAAAUUAUUUGCUAUAUUGACUAUCCUAAGAUUUCACCAUUCAUAAAACAAAGUACAGUAAAAUAUUAUUUUUAACUCUUGACAAUUUAAAAGAAAUCUUUCAUACACAUGGCGUGGUACAACUUACAAGGUAUAACAUACAAUGGUUCAGCAGUAUUACUAUAUUUUAAUACAUAAUAUUAUUAUCCGAAAUAAUUAUAUAUGUAUAAAAUGUUUGCUCUAUCCAGAAAAAAAAAUAUAUUUCAUUUAUUUAAGAAAUUAAAUUAUCACAAAACUAGAACACGAAAGAUUUCUUUUAAAAUGUAUAUAGGUAAACACAUGACACUAAAUAUGUAUGUAUAAAAAACUGCGAAAUCUCAACAACUAAUGUAUAACAACCAUAAUAAUACAACCAUUGUAAAGAUGCGGUGUUUUAAAUUUUACUGAACCUACUGUGAAAGUUUUUUAAACUGAACUAAACAAUCCUUUUUAUUUUAAAUUUAAAUUACAAAAAUAUGUUUUAAUAAAAAUAAUGUUAUUUUAUACCCAUAUAGAUACAGUCUUUCAUAUCUUAUUUUUAAAAUUAUGUACUAUUAUUAUUUAAUAGUAAAUUAUUAUUUUGAAAAGUUUAAAAUUCAUUCGCAGUAUGUUCAGUUUUUAGUAGGUUAAAUAUAUUUUAAAUAAAAAAAAUGACUGUGCCUCUGUGCCUAUCGACAAGCACUCCACAACAAUAAAAUGCACUUUUUUUUAAAAUAAUGUAAAUAUUAUAAUUAGUUUAAUUUUCUUUUGUCUUAAGGAUUUUAUUCAGCCAAAGUUUUUGGUCGAAUUUCAUAUUUUAAAUGUUUUUUAAACAGCGCUGGCCGCUUUAAUAUAUUAUUUUGUUAAUUUUUUUUUCUGUGUAAAUAUUGUACUUAUAUAUAGUUUAAGUUUUAAAUUAAGUAAUAUUAAAUAUAAUAUACCAAAAAGAACACCAAAUACUUCCUGUAAAUUUUCUAAUCUUAUGAAUAGUGAAAAACAUUUUAUCCAAUAAAAUUUUAACCUUGUAUAAAUAUUGUUUCCACUUAGUAUGUAAGAGUUAUGUAUAUUUCUAGGAUAAUGUAGAGUUCCUUCUAUAUUAUAUGUUUUGUAUACCUACUCAAGUUUCUAAGGUUUUUUUAAACUGUCACAAUAAAAUGUUUUGUUUGGUUUGUCAAACUGUUAUUCAACUAUACCUACGACUGAUGAUAGUUUUUAAUAAAAUCUUUUUCCAAAAUAAAUACAAUUGUAAAUAAUAUUUCCUCAAUAAUUAUUGCGAAAAUCUUGUAAAAUAAUUAUUAAAGAACAACAACGACAACUUAAUUCUAAAUCGGUGUAAACUAGAUUCUUGGAUCUUAGAGUUAAUAUUAAUAAUACUUAAUAAUUAAGUAUUACAACUAAGUUUAAGUAAAAUAAUAACAUUGCAACACCAUUGCCGAAAUAGUUAUUAAAUUAGAAUUUUAGAUAAAAUAAUUAUUAGAUAUUAAUUAUGUACUGAAUUCAGAAGCAAUAGAGAGUGUAGUUUUCUUUUCGUGUAUAAUUUUUCACUAUUUUAAUAUUUCAUAUAGUCUUCCAAAGUGUGUGUGAUUAUCAAAUAAUAGUAGAUACCUUUCCUUACUUGUUUGUAUAAAAAAACUUUUAUAAUUUCCUUUUUUUUUGUUGAUUUUGUAUGGAAAUUGAUGAAAGAAUAUUUUUGAUGCGGAGUAACAAUUUUUUGAAAAUCUAGAACCCCACAAUGUAGCACAGAGCCCUCGCUCAUUGUGCAGGUUCUAUUUUGAAAGUCUGAAGUCGCCUUCAGACUUUAAAACUUGUUCACACAACACUUCAUGACAAGUGUUGCCUGAAUGAUGAAUUAAUGCAAUAAUUAUUUAAUUUAAUUUUAGUAAAAAAUGUGAAAAGUAUAAUUUAAGUGUGUAAAAGUUUUCCAAAAUACAUACAGGUUUUUGUACAGUCUUGAAAAGUCUUGUAAAAAUACAAUUUAACGCCAUUAUUUCUUAUUUAGUGAAAAUAUUUAGAAUGUUUUUAAAAUUAAAUAACUUAUAGGUGGCUAUCCUGUGUAUCUAGUAACUUGUUCAAUAAAAAAAUGUUCUAAAUUAAUAAAAAACUAUUUAUACUUAUAGUAUAAUAAUCUAUAUAGUAUUUGUUAAAUAUUUUAAUUUUUAAAUAUAUAAAAAUUCGGAACGCGUUACGUUUAUAUAGUUCUUUAUAUAAAAAAUAUAAUUAUAAUUAUUAAAAUCGUCUAAGACUAUACGAUUAACUAUUAAUUCUUAUCGACUCAAAAUGUAAAUGAAAAAAUAUACGAAGUACCAAUAUACAAAUUUUAAUCUUUA